AUGCCAGACUCGAUGCUCGUGAAACCCGAGAACAAAGUCACAUUUAUGACACUACCGCCCGAGAUUCGACUUCACAUCUACCAUUGGCUUCAUCUCAUGUGCCCUGUUCGCCAUGCGCAGCUCGCGCCAUGGUAUCCGACUCCAGUUCACUGCCAAUACAUUCUACAGCCCGUUGGUUCGAAAGCUGAGGCCGAGAGCGCUGCCUCUAAAGGUCAAGCAGAGCUAGAUCAAGGACUGCUUUCGCCAUACCGGCCCCUUUCAGGCCUGCCUACAAGUCUUUUACGCACCAAUCGACAGAUCUGCCGCGAAGCUCGUCUCAUUCCCUUUGAUCAGAAUGAGUUCGUUUUUGUCAACUGGUUCGCUUCGGGACUAUGGGCAGCGCGCGCCUUCACCCUCGCCCUCGCCCCCUGGCAGCGCGCUGCUCUACGCUAUGUAAGACUAGAAGUUCUUGCACGAGACGUGGUGGUCGGAGGCGCAGGCCGCGAGGAAUGGCGUGCUCUGUGCCGCGAAUGGUCACCAGGUGUCCGAGGACUGCGGAUGAAAAUGGUUCUCGGGGCGAGCACCUCGGUGGUGACGGGGCCGGCGUACGGAGGUGGAGUGGAGCGCAGAGCGGAAGCGGCGCGGCAAUGGGUCGGCGAGGGACUUAGAUUCAUGAAGAGGCUGGAAAGGGUUGAGAUGGAGGUUUUGGCGAGGGAGAUGAGCGAUGAGGAUAAACUUAUAUGGUGCGAGACGUUACAGAGAGAGUUGAGAGAGGGAGGGAUGAAAAAGAUUGUGGUCGUGUGUACUGAAAAGAUGCAGGAGAAGAUGGAGUGGAUCAAGACCGAUAUUGGAUGGAGGAACCGUGAAGCAGAAGCUGGUACUGUCGCGAACUCUACGACGGAGGAAUCUACAGUGGAAGUGCCUACUAAGCAGAGGUAA